AUGUCCCAAACAUUCUCGGACGCUGACAUCGAAGAGGAGCAAAAACAUUUUUCUAAUGUCAUCGCAACAUUCCAGCAAUACGCCCAAUAUUCGGUAGGUAUUCUUAUCAUCAUGCACCACACUGGUGACAAAGAACUUCUCGACGUUCUUGGGUACCGACAAAAACUUCAAGAAGUGGAUAGAGCCAUUCUGGACAAUGCAGAAUUCUUGAAGCUGAUUGUUGCAAACCCCGAGAUCUUUGGCCAUGAUCUCGACUUUCCAAAAGAUGCAGGUGAUGAUAAUGCUGACCUUCGGACUUUUCAUGACCUUUCGCAUGGUGACGCGCAUUCACAUUCUCAUGGUCACCCGCAUCACCACAGUCACUCGCAUGACCAUGAGAAUGUCACCCCAGAUCGCAGAGCUGUCAGCCAGUAUCAGCGAAAGUACAAACCUACGGACUUCGACAUGGACAAGUUGCGAAGCACUCUGAAGCAAUUCGUACGGGACUGGAGUCAAGAGGGAAAAGAAGAACGGGACACGUGUUAUACGCCAAUCAAAGACGCGCUGGUCGCGCAUUUCUCGGACAAACCAUCUCCGGAGUUAAGACAAAAUAUCCGGGUGCUCGUUCCUGGUGCAGGCCUUGGCCGGUUGGCUUAUGAUGUUGCGAAUUUAGCAAUGUUACGCCCAGUGAAAAUACCCGAUGUCCUUCCCUCGGCCCUACCAGCUGGCUCGAAUUUUUCCUUGGUUGCGGGCGACUUCGAGGAGAUUUAUGGAACAGAAUACGAAGAAGGCAAUUUCGAACCACAGGCGGGGCAAUGGGACGCUGUUCUGACAUGUUUCUUUAUUGAUACUGCAAAGAAUAUCGUCAACUACCUUCGUAUAAUUCACAGGAUAUUGGCACCUGGUGGAGUAUGGAUUAACAUGGGCCCGCUGCUCUGGCACUUCGAAAAUAAUGCAACCAAUGAUCCAUCCAUUGAACUUGAUCUCGAAGAAGUCAAAAUGCUGGCUCGAAAAAUCGGUUUUGUGAUCUCUGAUGAGCGAACGAUAGACACGACUUACACGAGUAAUUCCCGGUCUAUGCUGGGAUAUGUUUAUAAAACUGCUUUCUGGACGGCGACGAAAGCUUAAUGAUAGAUGCACCAUGAGCUUCUCUCGUUUAUUGAAUGACACACAUUGCUAUCGUGCAGCCUUAUGAGCGGCGUGUAAAAUGGUAGCAACUUCGGUGAAUGUCGGGUUGUGCAAAAUACGUGCGUGUAUCCGUCGACUGUUCAUCCCUGGUAUCAGCAAUCAUAUUGCAGUUCUCAAUAUGCUCGGAGAUAGGUAUUUCUGCGCACUCAUCGACCCGCUAUCUCAUCAUUUUUCGCUAUUGAUUCCUGACACUGUCCUCCAAACCCAUCCCAAAAGGCGGAUCUCCUCGGGGCUCAUCCCGGUAGUCUCAGGUAAGUAGAACAAACAGAAUAGCCAUCCUAGCAGACUUAGCCUUGUAUAGAACUCGGCGGGAGUAAUUUUCAGCAACCACAUCAGUGAAGUUCAUUUGGUAGUUACUUCACGCACCUAUAUUUCCAGAUACUCAAUU